AUGCAUUUUUCGGAAUUUCUAGUAUUUUCAUUGUUUUUAAAACGGGUGUUAACAUUGAAAAGUUUAACGGAAAACACAAAUAACAAUGACACAAUUACAAAAAUAGAAAAUACCAUUAGUAAUCUAUUUACGCAACUCAAUGUUAAAGAAAAUGAAGACAUUGAGGAGAACUAUAGAAUACAUCGAUAUUUUACAACAAUGACUAAGGAAAACAAUCAGGAUAUCUAUAAAAGUUUUGAAAAUCAUUUACGCACAAACAAUACUGAUCUUCUAACUUAUGUUAUAGAUGAAAUACUAAACGAAGACACAACAUCCAACAAUGAAAGUGUGAAAAGCAUUAACAGUGCUUCAAAAAAACUAGGUGCAUUAAAAGGAUUUUUAAAUCACAAAGUAGAUGCAACAGCACACACUGGGGCUCUGACCCUGUUCGUAGAAAAUUAUAAUUUAAAAAGGAAAGUAACGAAUGAAUCUGUACAAGACGACGAUUCCAGUGAUGUUGAAUUCUGGCAACCAAGCGGUCGUAGGAUCUACCAAGGCAAAAGAACUAAAGUAAAGUACUUUCCGUUCAUGGCCAGUAUUGAAGUGUUCAACAAGUUUCAAUGUGGCGGUUCCAUCAUCAAGUCUGAUCUGGUCAUCACCGCAGCUUCAUGUUUGCAAUUGGCAUGGAAUAACCGCUUCUUCCGAGAGAACCCAGCGUUUUUGGCCGUUCGUGUCGGCAGCACGUAUUAUAACGGCGGCGGUGAGGUGAUACCGGUCCUUGAAGUCUAUUUCCACCCCUCUUACAACCCGAAGAACUUAAGAAGCAACAUUUGCUUACUAAGACUCCAGCGGAGGAUCAAAUUUAGGAGAAGAACUAAGAGAGUGAGAAAGAUUGAUAUUGAUAGAGAAGAUAAUCCUCUGCCUUUGAAUACUGAUGGUGUUGCCGUUGUUGGUUGGGGGGCUAAAAGGGCGAGCAACAUUGUCGUCGAUCCUUGGGAAAAUAGAUUAUCCUUUUCAGUCCUUGAUGUUUAUCCAAUGUGGGAUUGUAAGGAUGUGUAUUCCAGUCAAUACGUAACAAAGGAUAACUUCUGUGCCGGUUUCCUAUCAAAGGGCGGAGGCGCUUGUAAUCACGACGUUGGCGGACCGGGUAUUGUGAAUGGCCUUUUAGCUGGUAUUAUCAGCUUCGGAGCUCCCGUGUGUGGUGCAUCCGAUGCUCCCACCGUCUUCGUCAAAGUUGGGUUUUACGCUGAUUGGAUAGAUGAAAUAAUGUCGCAGGACGUUCCGCACGGGAAGAAAAGAACAACAUUGAAACCUCCAGUCUACACGCACAUGCCAUCUUACAAGCCUGAAACUACGACUUUCAUAAUCGAACCGUUGAGCGAGUCCAAAUUAGAAGACGAGGUAACCAUCAACAAGGAACUGCGGCAGUCGAAAUCAGAUAACAAGGGGUUAUUCAAAGAAUUCCUAAGAACGAUGUUUAACGAGGAAGAAAUCAAGCAAUAUGCUGAUUUAAUUGAUGAUACGGAAAUCGAUACCGAUAAUAUUGGUGUUAAUGAAACAAAAUCUGUGACAAAACUUGAUUUUGAAACAAGUGAAGUGACCGAAACUUAUCAAAAUAAAAUUACCCAAGAAGUUCAAGUUAAAAGACUAUCGAAGACAAAUUUGAUAAAACCAGUGGAAAUUAGGUAUACUGAAAAUAAGAAAACUUCUAAAUCAGUAAAAAAUGAAAAUAAAGAUUUAAAAAUCACAGACGAAAAUAUUUUAACUUUACUUUAUUUGUCUGAUGACGAAAAGAAAGAAAUGGCAGAACGCACAGAUAACGAAAGUGGCCUAGGUAUAGCAACAGAUCCAUUUAAAGAUUUAACGUUCAGAAGUAAUUCCUCAAAAGCAAUUAAUUCGAUACAUAAGGACGAAUUUUACGAUUUAAUUGCAGAAAUUAUUGAUGAAACGGAGAAACGAACUAAAAGAUGA